CGUGUGUGCGUGUGCGCGGUAUCAUGUGCGAAAACUAGGAAACAAUAAUUGUUAGAGUCUGAAAAGCGCGGCCUACACAAAGCGCGGCCUUAAAAGCGCGGCCUGUGUUAUAUACGUUUGCCAGUAAAACUUAGCGUGAGGAAAAAUAGGCAAUAGGGCGCUGUAAGGUGAAUUAGGACAUUAAACUAGCGGUUGCAGACGAGAGGGUGCCUGCUCAUUGGUUUACAGUAUGAACCAGCAGCAGCCGGGUGGCUACACACAGCAAGGUUAUGGGUACCCGCAGCAAAGCCCAUAUUAUCCACAGAAUCAAGGAGGACCACCGCCGUACGGCCAGCCAGGAUACUAUCAGCAACCAGGUGGCGUGACAGUUUUACCAGCAGUGCAAGCCGGGCCAUCUAGCGUGAACUACGUACAACAACCGGGUACCUAUCCUGUGCAGCCAAACUACGGACAACCACAGAGCCAUACCGUGAUCGUUCAGCAGGUGCCCGCUGGCCAGUCGAGCGGUUCAGGGAACGACGCCGGAUGCCUAGCCUUCUGUGCUCUGUUGUUGUGCUGCUGCCUCAUGAAUUAGUGACGAUAACGACAGACACGGUGCAUCACACACACGCACGCACGCACGCACGCACGCAUGUACACACGGCACGCACGCACGCACGCACGCACGCACGC